CCCACUUGCAGGAAUUGAUAGGAGAACUGAUAUGGGCAAUGCACCAGUUUGCCAGUCUUGUCACACAGGCAAGAGUAUAAGAGCACAAGGGAACAUACAGGAUUUGGAUAAAAUUCCUGAUUACUAUGGAUACAACAAUGAAGAAAGCAAAGAUUCCGAGGCUCAGUCUGACAGCAAUGCGAGCUUUCUUCGAGCUGCCAGAGCUGGCAAUCUGGACAAAGUAGUGGAAUAUCUGAAGGGUGGAAUAGACAUUAACACAUGUAAUCAGAAUGGACUCAAUGCCCUACACCUGGCUGCCAAAGAAGGCCAUGUGGGACUGGUACAGGAGUUACUGGAAAGAGGGUCAGCAGUGGAUUCAGCUACUAAGAAAGGGAAUACAGCCCUACACAUUGCAUCCUUGGCCGGACAGGCUGAAGUUGUCAAAGUUCUGGUUAAGGAAGGAGCCAAUAUUAAUGCACAAUCUCAGAAUGGUUUCACUCCUUUAUACAUGGCAGCUCAAGAGAACCACAUUGAUGUGGUAAAAUAUCUGCUGGAAAAUGGAGCCAACCAGAGCACUGCUACUGAGGAUGGCUUCACCCCACUAGCUGUUGCACUACAGCAGGGACACAAUCAGGCAGUGGCCGUCCUCCUGGAGAAUGACACCAAGGGGAAAGUGAGACUGCCAGCUUUGCACAUCGCUGCCAGGAAAGACGAUACAAAAUCAGCAGCACUCCUGCUCCAAAAUGACCACAAUGCUGAUGUUCAGUCCAAGAUGAUGGUGAAUAGAACAACUGAGAGUGGCUUCACACCUUUGCACAUAGCUGCACACUAUGGAAAUGUCAAUGUGGCGACACUUCUGCUCAACCGAGGAGCUGCAGUGGACUUCACAGCCAGGAAUGGAAUCACCCCACUGCAUGUGGCUUCCAAAAGGGGAAACACAAACAUGGUGAAGCUUUUGUUGGAUCGUGGAGGGCAGAUCGAUGCCAAAACCAGGGAUGGACUGACUCCACUCCACUGUGCCGCACGAAGUGGGCAUGACCAGGUUGUAGAGCUCCUCCUGGAACGGGGUGCCCCACUGCUUGCAAGGACCAAGAAUGGACUCUCUCCGCUUCACAUGGCUGCUCAGGGUGACCACGUGGAAUGUGUCAAACAUCUACUGCAGCACAAAGCUCCUGUUGAUGAUGUCACACUGGAUUACCUGACUGCCCUACAUGUUGCUGCACACUGUGGUCAUUAUCGUGUCACCAAGCUUCUGCUGGACAAGAGAGCAAAUCCCAACGCUCGAGCCCUGAAUGGUUUUACUCCACUGCACAUUGCCUGCAAGAAAAACCGCAUCAAAGUCAUGGAACUCCUGGUGAAAUAUGGGGCUUCAAUCCAGGCUAUAACAGAGUCUGGCCUCACACCAAUACAUGUGGCUGCAUUUAUGGGCCACUUGAAUAUAGUCCUCCUCCUGCUGCAGAAUGGAGCCUCUCCAGAUGUCACUAACAUUGAGGAACAGACUCCGCUGCACAUUGCCUCUCGGUUGGGUAAAACAGAGAUUGUCCAACUGCUGCUACAACACAUGGCUCACCCUGACGCCGCAACCACUAAUGGGUACACCCCACUGCACAUCUCUGCCAGAGAGGGGCAAGUUGAUGUAGCAUCGGUUCUCUUGGAGGCAGGUGCUGCACACUCUUUGGCCACCAAGAAGGGAUUCACACCACUGCAUGUGGCAGCCAAGUAUGGAAGCUUGGAUGUGGCAAAACUACUUUUGCAGCGUCGUGCUUCUCCUGAUUCAGCUGGCAAGAAUGGCCUCACCCCACUCCAUGUAGCUGCUCACUAUGACAACCAGAAGGUGGCUCUGCUGUUGCUGGAGAAAGGUGCCUCUCCCCAUGCUACUGCCAAGAAUGGAUACACCCCUCUGCACAUUGCUGCCAAGAAGAAUCAGAUGCAGAUAGCUACCACGCUGCUGAGCUACGGAGCUGAGACCAACAUUCUGACCAAACAGGGAGUGACCCCGCUGCACCUGGCCUCUCAAGAAGGUCAUGCUGACAUGGUUACCUUGCUCCUGGACAAAGGAUCUAAUAUCCAUGUGGCAACUAAGAGUGGAUUAACAUCCUUGCACCUUGCAGCUCAGGAGGAUAAAGUGAACGUAGCUGAUAUACUGACAAAGCAGGGUGCAAACCAAGAUGCCCAGACAAAGCUGGGCUACACUCCUUUAAUUGUGGCUUGUCACUAUGGAAACGUCAAGAUGGUGAAUUUCCUCCUGAAACAGGGAGCCAACGUCAAUGCUAAAACAAAGAAUGGCUACACCCCUCUGCACCAAGCUGCUCAACAGGGUCACACUCAUAUCAUCAAUGUUCUACUCCAGCAUGGGGCCAAGCCCAAUGCCAUCACUGCUAAUGGUAACACUGCCUUAGCGAUUGCAAGGCGUUUGGGAUACAUCUCAGUGGUUGAUACUCUGAAGGUGGUAACAGAGGAGGUCACCACCACCACAACUACUGUGACUGAGAAACACAAACUGAAUGUACCUGAGACGAUGACUGAGGUCCUAGAUGUUUCAGAUGAGGAAGGUGAUGACACAAUGACUGGAGAUGGGGGAGAAUACCUCAGGCCAGAGGACUUGAAAGAACUAGGUGAUGACUCUUUGCCCAGCAGCCAGUUUCUAGAUGGUAUGAACUAUCUGAGGUACAGCUUGGAGGGAGGCCGAUCUGACAGCACUAUGCCCAGCCUGCGGUCCUUCAGUUCAGACAGGUCCCACACGUUGAGCCAUGCCUCCUACCUGAGGGACAGUGCCAUGAUCGAUGAUACUGUCAUAAUCCCCAGCCACCAGGUAUCAACUCUGGCCAAGGAAGCUGAAAGGAAUUCGUAUCGCUUAAGCUGGGGCACUGAAAAUUUGGACAAUGUGGCGCUUUCUUCAAGCCCUAUUCAUUCAGGCUGCCUGUCUGCAAAAAAGGAGAUUGGAUCAUUGCUAACAAGCCGCUCCUCUCCAUGCCUUGAUCAUGACAACAGCAGCUUCCUGGUUAGCUUCAUGGUGGAUGCCCGUGGUGGUGCCAUGCGAGGUUGCAGACACAAUGGGUUAAGGAUCAUUAUUCCGCCUCGGAAAUGCACUGCCCCAACACGAGUAACCUGCCGGUUGGUCAAACGUCAUAGACUGGCCACCAUGCCGCCGAUGGUGGAAGGAGAAGGUCUGGCCAGCCGCCUGAUUGAAGUUGGACCUUCUGGUGCUCAGUUUCUUGGUAAACUUCAUCUGCCUACGGCUCCUCCCCCACUUAAUGAGGGAGAAAGCUUGGUCAGCCGAAUCCUUCAGCUGGGGCCUCCUGGGACCAAAUUCCUUGGGCCUGUGAUCGUGGAGAUCCCCCAUUUUGCAGCUCUGCGUGGGAAAGAGAGAGAGCUGGUAAUCCUGCGCAGUGAGAAUGGGGACAGCUGGAAGGAGCAUUUCUGUGAAUAUACCGAGGAUGAACUGAAUGAAAUCCUCAAUGGAAUGGAUGAAGUACUUGACACUCCGGAGGAGCUUGAGAAGAAGCGUAUCUGCCGUAUCAUCACCAGGGAUUUCCCACAGUAUUUUGCAGUGGUGUCCCGGAUCAAACAGGACAGCAACCUCAUUGGACCUGAGGGAGGUGUGCUUAGCAGCACUGUAGUACCACAAGUGCAGGCAGUCUUUCCAGAAGGAGCACUAACCAAGCGAAUUCGUGUCGGCCUCCAGGCCCAACCUAUGCACAAUGAACUUAUAAGGAAGAUUUUAGGGAACAAGGCAACCUUCAGCCCUAUAGUCACCCUGGAGCCAAGGAGGAGGAAAUUCCACAAGCCAAUCACAAUGACUAUUCCUGUCCCCAAAGCCUCCAGUGAUGGGAUGAUGAAUGGUUAUGGGGGAGAAACACCCACUUUAAGAUUACUAUGCAGCAUAACAGGUGGAACUACCCCUGCUCAAUGGGAGGAUAUUACAGGAACAACACCAUUAACGUUUGUCAAUGAAUGUGUUUCCUUCACAACAAAUGUGUCUGCCAGGUUUUGGUUGGUAGACUGUCGGCAGAUACAGGAAUCUGUUACUUUUGCCUCCCAAGUGUACAGAGAGAUUAUCUGUGUGCCCUACAUGGCCAAAUUUGUUGUAUUUGCCAAAUCACAUGAUCCCAUAGAAGCUCGAUUAAGGUGCUUCUGCAUGACAGAUGACAAGGUGGAUAAAACGCUAGAACAACAAGAAAACUUUGCAGAAGUUGCCAGAAGCAGGGAUGUAGAGGUAUUAGAAGGAAAGCCUAUCUACGUUGACUGCUUUGGCAAUCUGGUGCCACUAACAAAAAGUGGGCAACAUCAUAUAUUCAGUUUUUAUGCCUUCAAAGAAAAUAGACUUCCACUGUUCGUCAAGGUACGAGACUCCACUCAAGAGCCUUGUGGGCGACUAUCAUUUAUGAAGGAGCCAAAAUCUACAAGAGGGAUAGUCCAUCAAGCCAUCUGCAACUUAAAUAUCACAUUGCCACUUUACACAAAGGAAUCGGAAUCAGACCAAGAGCAGGAAGAAGAGGUUGACGUGACCUCAGAAAAAAAUGAUGACGAGACAGAAUCUACAGAAACAUCUAUCCUGAAAAGCCACCUGGUUAAUGAAGUCCCAGUACUAGCCAGUCCAGACUUGCUAUCUGAAGUUUCUGAGAUGAAACAAGAUUUGAUCAAAAUGACUGCCAUCUUGACAACUGACCCUUCUGAUCAGUCAGGUUCCAUUAAGGUGAAAGAUCUUGGGAAAGCCACUGAAGAAGAGCCAGGAGAGCCUUUUGAAAUUGUGGAAAGUGUGAAAGAGGAUUUAGAGAAAGUAAAUGAAAUUCUCAGACAUGGAACCUACACAAGAGAAGACCAUAUACUGCCAAGGUCCCAUUCUGGACGAGAGUUAGUGGAAGAGGAAUGGGUUAUUGUCAGUGAUGAAGAAAUUGAAGAGGCCAGACAAAAUGCUCCUUUAGAAGCCAUUGAACCUGCCUGUAUAGAACUUAGGAUAGGAAAAGGAACAACAGAGAUAAGAAAGACAGACAUGACAGGAAUGGUAGACUAUCUUACCGAGGAUUUAAAAACCUAUGUAUCUCUUCAUAAGGUGGAGCCACAGAUAUUCCAAGAAGAUUUAGUAGGAGAGAGAUUUGAAGCUGUUGUUAUAAGCAGGGGUUCUGAAAAAGGAGGGCAGGGCUCUCCAACAGCUGAAACUCAAGGUACACAGGAACAACGCAAACCAGCCCUGGAAAUUAAAAAACCAAUUAGGAGGAAACUAAAAGAUAAACAAAGGCAAAAGGAAGGAGAGGGAGAGACACAAGAACCAUCAGAACUAACAAAGUUCAGUUCUGAGGAGUCAUUAGAUGAUGAGCCAGGUUUAACACCUGCAGCUGUUCCUAAUGUUAGUGCUGUAUCCCCUGUAAUAGAAGAAACGCCUAUUGGCUCCAUAAAAGACAAAGUAAAAGCUCUUCAGAAGCGAGUGGAAGAUGAACAAAAAGUACGUUCAAAACUGCCUGUCAGAAUCCAACGAAAAGAAAUCACUACUGAGAGGGCUGUUACAAGGCCAGUGCAAGCUAAAAAAAUAGUGCACAAAGCACAGCCACCUGUUUCACCCUCAGCUAAAACAGAAAGACUUGAAGAGACUAUGUCAGUCCGGGAGCUGAUGAAAGCCUUCCAGUCAGGGCAAGAUCCAUCCAAGAAUAAAUCUGGACUCUUUGAGCACAAAGCUAUCAAACAAAAGCAACAGCUCUCUGACAAAGAACCAACUCAGAGAGAAGCAGUUUAUUUAGAACGUGAAACAGAACAGGUACCAACACCUAGGAGAACAAACAAAAAAGAUAGCCUGCCAGCCAAACAAACCAAAGUCCUUAAGAUAGAUAAAGAUUCCCCAUCAAAAAAAGGACCAAAAGCUUCUUUUGAUUACACUAAAGAGGAACCUGUAGAUAGAGGCCAGGUAAAAGAACAGAGCUAUAAAAGAACUGAACCUUUCUCUCCAGUAUUUAAUGAAGAAAUUUCCAAGGAGGCAGCAAUUGUGAAGGAAAGUACAGUUGAUGAUGACCAAGCAGACACUGACUUCCAGAUCAGCCCGGACAGAAAAACCUCAACUGACUUUUCUGAUGUCAUUAAAGAAGAGCUUGAGAAUAAUGACAAGUACCAGCAGUUCCGACACCUUUCAAUCACUGAGGAGGGAGAGCUUCACUUAGAGCAAGUACUGACCAGUCCUUUCAAUGUUACCUUCCCAUCAGAGUAUGUGAAAGAUGGCUUCCUACCUGCUCUCUCCUUGCAAAGUGGUGCUUUUGAUGGUAGCUCAGAAAGCCUUAAACAUGAAGGUGUAGCAGAUUCUCCUGGUAGCCUACUUGAUGGAACCCCUCAGAUCAGCUCUGAGGAAAGUUAUAAGCAUGAGGGUCUGGCAGAGACUCCAGAAACAAGCCCUGAAAGUCUGUCUUUCUCACCAAAGAAAACUGAGGAAAUUGGAGAAACAAAAGAAUCCACUACGGUGCAUAGAGCAGCAGAGACAUGUUCGCCAAAGGAACUCUCUCCAAUGAAAGGUGAAAGAGGUAUUGCUGCAGAACAGCUAACUGCAAAUACUGAAGCUAUCAAAUCUCAUUCUGAUCAUUUAUCAGAACAGGUACCUUCAGCCCCUGAGAAAGGGGCAGGCCAACUUACAGAUAGUAGCUCAGCUUCGAUUAUGAAAGAUGUUAGCAGUGCAAAAGAAUCCAAAAGCACUGAACACACACAUGUAACUAAAUCUUCUGAAAUGAAAGACAGCUGUUUAGAGAAAGAUAUGACUGGUGAACAUCAUGUUGUUAUUAGAAGUCCCCAAGGAUUGGAACUUUCCCUUCCUAGUCAUCACAGUGAAAGCUUUAGCCCAGUGGCAGAUGAAUCCCUGGCUAUAAGUCAUAAAGACUCAUUGGAAGCAAGCCCAGUGCUGGAAGAUAACUCAUCACACAAAACACCCGAUUCCCUGGAGCCUAGCCCUAUGAAAGAGUCGCCAUGCCGUGAUUCGCUUGAAAGCAGCCCUGUAGAACAAAAAGCAAAGGCUGGCAUUCUUACGGGACAGGUUCCUCUUCAGUCUUUCCCUACCAGAGCAGAAAUGUUCCCAGAGUUGGCAUCUAUGCGUUCCAGAAUUCUCCGCGACCCUGAUGGAAGUGCUGAAGAUGACAGUUUAGAACAAACAUCCCUCAUGGAGAGUUCUGGGAAAAGUCCUCUUUCACCUGACACUCCUAGCUCUGAAGAAAUUAGCUAUGAAAUUACACCCAAAACUGCAGACUCGCAGGCACUGUCAAAUAUAUCUAAGUCAGCCACAAUCCCUGAAGUCAGUGAGGAACCAGAGGAUGAUUCAGAAAGUGAACCAAAGAAGAGGCUCACUCCGGAAGAGGAGAUGUUCAAAAUGGUGACCAAAAUCAAAAUGUUUGAUGAAUUGGAACAAGAAGCAAAACAGAAAAGAGAGUACAUAAAGGAUAAAAAGCAAGAGGAAUCUUCUUCAAUUCCUGAUUCGGGUGUUACAUGUGAAAAUGAAGUACCAGAGCCAACAGCCGUUGAAGAAAAACAUAUACCUACAGUAGUGAUGUCUUCUGCGGACACUAGAAAAAGUUCUUCUUCUUCUGAAAGUGAGCCAGAAUUGACUCAGCUGAAAAAAGAAGCUGACUCAGGCCUCUUAAUGGAGCCUGUAAUUCGAGUGCAACCUCCUUCACCACAUCUAUCUGGUGUAGACUCCAGUUCCAGCCCUGAAGAAGCAGGAUUUCAACCUAUUGACCCCAAACAACAUGUUUUCAGGAUGGAGUAUAAAUCAGAAUCAGAUAAGCCAACAAAGAAAGACAAAGAGGAACCAUCUGAGUCUGGUGAUAGCUGUAAAGCGUCUACUGAAGAAUCAAACAUUUUUCACUCUGAUGCUGGUAUCAUAGCAGAAACUGAUGAAUCAAAGUGUUGUUAUAGUACCGAUGAAAGUGAAACAAUUAGCCCUAAUGGCCCAGUGACCCGACUUGAUGGUGCUUUCUAUCAUGCAGUUGGUGACGAUGCUCAAAAAGAAGUUGGGGUUCAUCAGCUGUCCCCAGCACUACAGCAACACCAUGCUUCUCAGGAACAGACUGAUGCCGCUGGAAAGUUAACACAUGAAGACCUCAGUGCUUCAGGGGAUGUGUCUGGGAAAGGAUAUGGUCCCUUUGGACAUGAUACUUCUCAUAGUUCUGCAUCACAAGACGAUGCAUUGGCUGAAGAUGUUUCCCGUGCACGCUCUACUUUGGCAAGUGGUUUGACAAAAUCGGGCAAAGAUUUUGAGUCAUGCCAAAGUGUUUCUUAUAGUGAGGAGCCUUCCACAGAAUAUUCAUCCCUUACCACUAAAAAGGAUGAAUUUGAAGGCUAUGCAGCAGAUACUGAUGAAAGUGGUGUUCCACGUAUAACAAGCCCAUAUGAAAAUGUCCCUUCUGAACAUUUUUUCACUAUCUGUGAAAGUAGGAUAGAAACUGAUACAAGGCAGAUGACAAGUCCAUCAUCCAGAGAUGCUCAUUCUGUUGAAGUAGAAACAACCAUUGAGGAAACAUUAGUGGCAGGUUCCCUUAGCAGACAUGCUCCUUCAGAUGAAGAUCAAACUUCAGAAGAAGUGUAUAUGGAAAUAGAGUCAAAACAGAAAAUAUCAACUUCAGUGCCUUCAACAGCAGACCCCACAGCAUUAGAUCAAACUGCCCUUCAGUAUAUAAAAGAUGAAGCUGAAAAACUGAUCAGCCAAGUGGUCAUCACUAAAACAGAUGUGGAUUCUGACAGGUGGAGUGAAAUACGUGAAGACGAUGAAGCUUUUGAGGCUCGGGUGAAAGAGGAGGAGCAAAAGAUUUUUGGUUUAAUGGUGGACAGGCGGUCACAGGGUACAACGCCUGAUACCACACCAGCCAGGACACCCACAGAAGAAGGGACACCAACUAGUGAACAAAACCCUUUUCUCUUCCAGGAAGGAAAGUUGUUUGAAAUGACUCGAAGCGGAGCCAUUGACAUGACCAAAAGGAACUAUGUAGAUGAAAGUUUUCACUUUUUCCAAGUGGGGCAGCAGUCUCAAGAAGAAGUUUCUUUAUCUGAAGAAAUGAAAGAGGCCGCAGAGAUGGAAUCUCCUAAACUAGAGAGAUCACCAGAUCCAUUUGCACCUUCAGAAUCAGAUGAAACUGAUAUACAGGGAAAAGAUGCACUUACAAUAGCAUCACCAGUAUCUGAUCCUCCUGAUAAAUCAGAGGAAAUGACUAGCACAGGUGUCAGUGUGGGCACUACAAAAGCUGAACUUAAAUCUAGAAUUCCCAUUAAAAUGGGUAUUUCAGUUUCUUCAAAAUCACCAAAGAAAGAGACUGCUGCCUCUGAAGCUUCUGAAGUAGAUCCCUUCUCCAAAGUGGAAACUGAUGAUGAAUUUGACAGCAGUCAGGUGCCUUGCCCUAUCUCUCCAGAGCAGUCUGUGAUAGAUGUACAGUUAGAUUUUUCCACAGUCACUAGGUCUGUGUAUUCUGAACAGGAUGAUGAGUCCCCAGACUCUUCACCAGAGGAACAGAGAUCCGUGAUUGAAAUCCCUACUGCUGUCCUGGAGAGCAGUGUGCCUUCUUCUGAAAGCAAAUCCAAAAUUCCUGUCAGAACAACUCCUGCUGUACCGCAGUCAUUGCAACAAUCAGAAUAUGAGAUCCUGCCCUCAGAUGGCUUUCUGGACAGUUUGCAAGACGAAAUAAAAGAUGACCAAACAAAACCAAAGUCUAAAAUUCCUGUCAAAGCAGCUUUCCAAAGAGCCGAGCAACAGUGUGCAUACACAGAAACAUCUGUCCAGAAGCCACAGUCACCCAAAGCUCUUGAUAUGACAUGCAAACUAUCUAUGAAACAAGAUAAUCGAAGCAAAUCUGAAUCUGAUGCAAGUAUUCCCAUGAAUCCAAAGACUAGGCGUUCAAUAAAAGCUAGGAGUUAUGCUGAGGUGGAAGCAGAGACCAGAGAGAGGGUGGAUGAGAUGAAGCUUGAGCUAGAAUCAGAUGAUGUGACAACAGCAAGAUCAAAGAUAUUUUCAUCAAGACUGCCAGUUAAAAGCAGAAGCACCACAGCUUCCCACAGUACUGUUAGUCCCACAAAAGAACAUAAGGACUACUUUUUUGACCUUUACAAAAACUCCAUAGAGUUCUUUGAAGAGAUUAGUGAUGAAGCUUCCAAGUUAGUGGAUAGACUUACCCAGUCAGAAAGAGAACAAGAAUUAAUUUCAGAUGAUGAAAGUAGUAGUGCCCUAGACGCUUCUGUUAUUGAAAAUGUGCCAUCCAUUGAGACCCAGCAUUCAAUUCCUGAAGACAUCUUUGACACCAGGCCCAUUUGGGACGAGUCCAUUGAGACUCAGAUUGAGCGUAUUCCUGAUGAAAAUGUCCAUGACCGUGCUGAAGAUCAACAGGAGGAUCAAGGAAGAACAGAGGAAAGACUGGCACACAUUGCUGAUCAUCUUGGAUUCAGCUGGACAGAAUUAGCAAGAGAACUGGAUUUCACAGAAGAGCAAAUUCACCAGAUCCGAAUUGAAAAUCCAAAUUCCCUGCAGGACCAGAGCCAUGCACUUCUGAAAUACUGGCUUGAAAGGGACGGGAAACAUGCUACAGAUACAAGUCUUACCCAGUGUCUAACAAAAAUCAACCGAAUGGAUAUUGUUCAUCUAAUGGAGACCAGCCACAUGGACUCUGUGCAGGGCCAUGGCGCUCGCACCUAUGCAGAAAUUGAACAAACGAUAGGACUGGAUCAUAGUGAAGGAUUUUCUGCACUGCAGGAGGAACUGUACAGUCCAAGACACAAGAAGGAAGAGGAGCAUUAUAAAGAGAGUGAGCCAUUUGAUCACCCUCCCAUUGUCUCUGAGGAAGACACUUCUGUCAGUUACUCUUCCUUUCAGGAGGGCACUCCCAGGACUGAGACAGACAUAUCAGUUUCAGAGCUCCUGCGACAAGCACACAAAGAGCGAGUGCAAGCUGAGUUCUCCGGGAAACCACAGGAUCUGCCAGAAGAUUCAUCAGCUGCACAACAGGAGUACUUUGUCACAACUCCAGGAACAGAAGAAUCCAUAGCACCAAAGGCUGAAAAAUCAGCAGGCUUUGCAAAGGAAAAAUCUAAAGGCUUCACCACAGCAUCUGAAGAGCAUGAGAGGCCAUAUCUUCAGACGCCAUUGUCCAGUGAGCGAGGUGACUCUCCCAUUGCACAAGAACUUGAGGACCUCCAGCUCUCCCAAGAAGAACUUUCCCCAAGGAGAACUAGUCUGGUUAUAGUGGAAUCAACUGAUGAACAGCCAGCAAAAUUUGAAAGACAUUAUGACGAUGAAUCUUUUGAAAAGGAGCUAGCAGAGGAAUUAGGUGAGCUAGAGACCAGCUCAGAUGAAGAAGAGAUGGUAACUACCAGGGUCAUUCGCCGCCGGGUGAUUAUUCAGGCUGAUGAUAUGCCAGAAAUACCACCGGAAACGGUAACAGAGGAGCAGUACACAGAUGAACAUGGCCACAUUGUGGUGAAGAAGGUCACCAGAAAGAUUAUCAGGCGAUAUAUUUCACCAGAUGGCACAGAAAAAGAGGAAGUCCUAAUGCACGGAGCACCACAAGAACCUGUUAUGGUUGAAGAAGGAGAUGGGUAUUCCAAAGUCGUAAAGCGGGUUGUGCUGAAGAGUGACAUUGAACAAUCUGAGGUGACAUUCUCUGAACCCAGUGUUCUGACGGGUGCCUCAGAAUUUCAGGCUGAACCAGUGGAAGGCCGGAAGGUCAGUAAAGUUGUAAAGACCACAAUGGUACAAGGAGAGAGAAUGGAGAAGCACCUGGGUGAUGCUAGUUUAGCCACUGAUCUUCCAUCAGCCAAAGAAGACUUUGAAGAG